AUGUCGUCCUCCACGCGCCUCAUCUCCGCCACCCCAAAUACAGCAUCCUUCCUAGCCGAGGCGCGCGCAGGCUUCACCGCAGACUUGGCCUCUCCACCGUCCACCGCCAGAGAACGACAGGAACUCUUGACCUCGAUCCAGAGUUUCGCGUUUCAAUUUCUCAAAGCCGCCGCUCACACCUCCCACUCCCAUCUCGAAGUCGCUCAGACGGACGACAGUCCAAGAGGGGAGCGAGAGGAGAGAGAUGGUCAUGCGGUAGAAGCAAACAUAGAUCCAGAAGCAGAGACAGACGAUCUCGCCCGGCAAGGUCUCAAUGUCCUCUGGGGAAUGUUCACGUCCACGGCGCAGGUAAUCGACGCAGCCGACGCGUUUCACGAUCGUCUCGUAGGUUUGCUGGCGUGGACGAGGGAGUUUGACGGGGCUUAUAGACGGCUUCAUGGUAUCGUCGGGGGUAUUGCCGGUGGUGGUGGUUGGGGGUCGUAUGGAUUCGGGCAGAGUCUACAGCUCGCGUGGGAGCAGCUCGUCACGGCAGACUUGCCGAGCGCGGCGGCGACGCGGAAAAGUCGGGAUCUUGCGGCGUUUUCUGCGAGGGUGUUGGCGAGGGGGUUGUGUGGAGAGUCUGUUGCUGGGACUGCGUUUUGGGUUUUUGAGAGGGCUUUGGGGGGAAACGGGGAUAGAGAUGAUGUUGUGUCGAGGGAGUUGAUACCUGCAGUUGGAGUAUGGUUGGAGCACGCAUCACAUGCCCUCCUCGCGCGUUGCUGUCCUUCUCCCGCGGCAGCUGGGCUUGAUCAUACUACCACCGCGGCAAUGGAUCCGAUCUCGCGGGCCGACGGUCCUUCAACGGACCGAAUCACCGCGACGAGUUCAGCAUGUCCCACUGGCUGCGCUGGCGACGCCGUCUCCAGGAGCUGA